UUUCUGGCAUGUUACAGGUAUGGUGUUGAGGUCCCGGCAAAGGAGGCGGCAGCGGCACUGUCGCCUACAGCGGAGGAGCAAGCGUCCGCAUCAUCCGCUAGUUCCGAUGAUGAAAAAGAAAAGAGCAACGAUCAACUCAUGCUAGCAGUGGCAACGACUAACCAUUCUGGUGUAAGAGGGACAUUUUACCAGCCUCGUACGCCGGAGGAGAACAUUAGGGUGAAGCUAGCCGAAUGGAUAGAGGAUGUCGCACAAUGCGGCACUGCUAUGGGAGAGCCCAUACCAUCGGUCGCCAUUGUGGCACAGGAUAAAGAGGAAACCCUGGCUAUUGCGAACGAAGCUUCGGCAAUGUGGGAAAAACGUUGUCCCCACUGGCGCAGUGUCAUGGUCGACAUCCCAGCAGUGCACAUCCAGUCCCGAACCCUUCGAACUCGGGACAUUCUGUACUACAUCCUGCGGAAGCUUCAGUCUCUCGAACCCCAGCCCCAGCAACAGGAAUGUCAAGUCGGUGAAGAGGAGGCUGAAAAAAUAAGAUUUGAUAUUCGCUUAGAAAAAUGGAAGCUGCUCGAUGAAGUCACAGAACAAAUCCAAGCAAUGAAGGUGGACAACAAACUUUCUGAAAUCAAGAACACCAUGGAACAAAUGAAGGGCGCACAACUGCAGAUCAACCUACAACAAAUGGAUGAAGACCUGCUGGGUCUGCCAGAAUCUGUUAAAGAUCAACCCUUAUGGGUACUCCUUCGAGCGCUGUGGCAGCUCAAGCACAAGCCUAUUGAAGGUGAGCCUACUACCAAACAAGACCAAGAAUGGAAGGAAGACAGAUUCACGCAUGAAUAUAUCAUCAAGAGAACAGCCGAGAAGCUUAAAGGGCAUAUGGAAGAAGAUGCAGACACAAAGGCAAUUCGUCUCAAAGAAGCCCAUUAUGAACAGAUCCUAAGGGAGGUGUUCCCCCCGGUGACCACCAAGAAGAACCCGCAGAUCCAGGAGCAAGCCACCGCCGUCAGCGCCACUAGCACCAUUAUAUUGGUCGAGGAUCAAAUCAAAGAAAUGAUCCGUAAGGUCCUUCAGGAGAAAUCCGUGCACAAACCAGGUGCUGAGCUACAGGAAGACAAAACCAUGAAGAAACCAGGUCCAGCUGAGCUGCAGGAAGACAAAUCCGUGAAGAAAAUAGAUACAACUGAUGGUAUACAAAGUCAGCAUUGUAUCCCCAAUGCUCUAAUUGAAGAAACCAUAGCAAAGAUUCAGGAAAUCGAGUGCACGAUGCAAGACCAGCUCCAGAUCAAAGGAAUCAUGGACAAAAUUGAAGAUUGUUUGACGGGACAAGAUGACAAGAUCCUGGUUAUCCUCAAACUCGAUGCUGACUGGGUAUCCAGAUGGAAGGAUACCAAAAAUGCUUUCAGCAUGUUUGGUUGCAUAGCCGGUGCACUGAUGUUGACAUUCAAAGAUAAGAUAGCACGAGCCAAAGAAUAUUGUUGGCCACUGCGGGAGCCUAUAGACUAUAGUCUUCUUGGCUUCUACCAUGAUACUGCACUUGAGCUUACAAAAAACCACAUGCUUGAAGAUAACCCAAAGAUUUAUCUUGACAUCUUGGACAAGUGUAAGCACCAUGAAUUCUGCAUGAAGAUCUUCAUUCAUGCUUUGCACGCCAACCCCAAGAGGAGCAAUGAGGAGCUAAGCAAGUUGCACAAAGCCCUGCAGCCGGUACAUGAAGCUUCACACACAUCUGCACACAACUCAUUGGACAGCAAUAUCAUUGCUAAGAAGAUGUUCAUGUUCUCUUACAGUGACCUGCCUAAGGAAUACAGGUCCUGCUUGCUAUACCUAGCAAUUUUCCCUCGAAGACAACACAUCAGGCGGUCAACCUUGAUAGGACGGUGGGUUGUAGAGGGGUUGAUAACCAAGCAAGACUGGGCCAGCUCUGUGCGACAUGCCAAUCGAUGUUUUGAGGCGCUCAUUAACCGGUGGCUUCUUUAUCCUGCUGAUAUUGGUGCUACAGGACAGGUGAAGAGCUGUGUGAUAGGUGAUGUAGUUCAUGGAUUCAUAACCAAGAUCGCCAGGAAACAGCGCAUUGUAGAAACACGCCUGUCACAUUACUUGGCUCGCCACUUCUCCAUUUUCAACAAUCUCCGAAUCCGUCGCUCUGAUACAAUCAAUAGAUUCUUUGAAAAGCUCUAUGAAGAAUCAUUUCGAGUAUCCAUUAUCAAGGUGCUAGAUCUAGAAGGUUGUAAAUGCUUUGGUGGUAAGAACCAGCGGUACCUCAAGGACAUCUGCAGGACGAUGUUACUGCUCAAGUAUCUGAGUCUAAGAAAAACAGAUGUUAAACAGCUGCCUAGUGAAAUCAACAACCUCCGUGAGCUGGAAGUAUUGGAUAUUCGGGACACCGAUGUGCCUGAGUCUGCAACAGUAAAUGUCCUACUCCUGAAGCUGAAGCAUUUGCUGGCUGGACACGUUGUGCUGAACUCAGUGCCUUGUGUUCCUGACAAGAUUGGAAAAAUGUUAAACAUGGAGGUAUUGUCCAAUGUCAAGGCACGAAAUCAUCAAGUUUUGAAAGAUAUUGGAAAGCUGUGGCAGCUGAGGAAGCUUGGUGUGGUUAUUGAAGACAAUGACAAACUCGUUAGGAAUUUGCUUCGAGCUAUCAGCGACCUGCAUGAGUGCCUCAAGUCUCUGUCAAUCACUCUUCCCAUGACUGACCAAGAUCGUUCCACCGAAGAUUUUCCAAUUGAUGUUCUCGAAUAUUAUAAACACCCUCCCAAGCUUCUUGAGAGCCUAAGCAUUACUGGAACCACAAAAAACAGGCAACUUCUUCAACUGCUGACCAAAGAUAAUGACUUCUUCCAACUUGCGAAGAUAACUCUAACUGGAACCCGACUGAAGCAGGAUAAUCUGAAGGUCCUCAACCAGCUUCCCAAUAUAGUUUGUCUCAGGCUCCGGGAAAAAGCAUACAUCGAUGACAAUCUCACCUUCAAGAAUGAAGAAUUCAAAAAUCUCAAGUGCUUUCUUGUUGAGGGCUCCAACAUGACUGACAUCUUGUUUGAAGGUGGAGCCCAUAAGCUGGAGAAGAUCAUUUUAUGCUCAACUGAUGGCAUACAAUCUCUUUCUGGGGUCGAAGCCCUUCCAGAACUGAAGGAAGUCGAGUUGAACAACAACAACAAUAAGCUUUCAUUGUUUGACAAGGCUAAGAAAGUUUCCAAGGUGACUCUCUGUAGUACCAAACUGAGUGAAGAUGACCUGAAAAUGUUCGCCAAGAUACGAUAUGUGCGCUGCCUAAUCCUGAAGGAGAAAGCUUGUGUUGAAAGCCAGAUUAAGUUCAACAAAGAUGAGUUCCCAAGUCUCAACCUUCUUAUUGUCGAUGGUUCUGCCAUCACCAACAUAGGGUUCGCCAAUGGAUCUGCUCCUAAGCUCGAGAAGAUCAUCUGGUCAUUCACAGAGGACAAGGUGCGGAGUCUCUCUGGCAUUGACAACCUACCAAAAUUGAAAGAGCUCGAGUUCAAUGGCGACUUGAUCCCUGGCUGA